CGCGUUGCGAGUCGUGGAGCUUCAACUUCAGCGCUGUCAGAGAGCUGAGAAGAGCGAUCAGCUGUUAAUCUGUUCAUGUAACUUUGGGAUUAAGACCACUUACUUACUUAGGUUUCACAGCAGAUAUGGCGACAGCACAUUCGGUGUUAGCCGCUGUGUGCGUUCUGCUCAUCGCCGAACUCAUUUUGGCUGACAAAGAUUACUAUGAGAUCCUGGGCGUACCCAAAGAAGCAUCUGAUCGGCAGAUCAAAAAAGCUUUCCACAAAUUAGCCAUGAGAUAUCACCCCGACAAAAACAAAAGCCCAGAUGCAGAGGCAAAGUUCAGAGAGAUCGCCGAGGCAUACGAAACAUUGUCAGAUGACAAGCGAAGGCAGGAGUAUGAUCAGAUGAGGAGCAAUCCUUUCUCAGGGGAGGGCACGAGAGGAGGCGACAACCAAUUCCAUCAAAAUUUCAACUUUAAUUUCAACGAGUUCUUCGGAGACUUUGACGUCUUUGGACACAAUCCUCACUCCAACCAUAAAAGACAUUUCGAGAGCCACUUUCAGCAUCAGGAGGAGAUGCGUAGUAAGCACAAGAGACACUUUCAAAGCUCUUUUGGUGGUGGUACAUUUGAUGAUAUGUUUGAGGACAUGGAGCGAAUGUUUUCUUUUGAUGGACACCAAACAAGGACUCACAGCAGCUUUCAUGGUUCUGGCAGACAGCAUUGUAGGACCGUCACACAACGAAGGGGCAACAUGGUCACUACGCACACCGAAUGCUCCUAAAAUCUCCAUGUAAAAACGAAGCUGAUAUGCUAUUUUUGUUCGUUUGUUUGUUUUGGCGUAGUCUGUGAAAUCUUAUUAAAAAAAAAAUCGCACAAUCUCUUUAGUCCAGUAAACCUAAAUCAGACUAAAUAACCAAGACCUGCGGGUUAAAUAGCACUUUAUUCUGGUUGUCUUAUUAAGUCUGCAUUUAGGAUUCCUCAUCACAAGUAAACAUUAAAAGGAUGUUUUUGUUUUUAAAGUGCGUGUAAAUGUUUGGUUUGACUGAAGUGUUGUUAAAGUGUUGCACAAUAACAAUCUCUUUUCAUUUUCAUUUUGUUUACGGCAUGUUAAACAAUUUGUAUAUCUUCCAUCUCAGCUAACAUGACACCCAAGCAAGCUGUGGCUCUUUUCGUGGGGAAAUCCCCUGCAUGUGCAAUAAUUAUCAUAAUCUCGUUGCUGUUGGGGGAUCUGUCAGCUGUAGGCUUUUACUGGUAAAACAGUAUAGGAUCAAAUUAAAUGCUUUACUGUAAAACGGUUGCUGUUUUGUUUAAGCAUUGGUAUCAUGUUUAAUUUCCAUGUCAUUUCUAAGAUAAUUUUAGGGCAAUUUCCUGGGGGUCCUUAGUGAAUGGCAUGAGAAAAAGCCAUGUUUAAUCUUUCAUCUGUCAUGUAAAUGAACUAUAGGGCUAAAUCCUACUCUCCUUAUAAUUCUGUCCAAAUUUGUUUAUCUCAGAGCCACGGUGCAGUUUUGUCAAAUUAAAUAUUUGAGCUAAGCUGAGCUAAACCUUAUACAAUUUCUGUGCCAUUCAUUACAACAGUUACCUCAUGGCAAAGCUUUAUGGACAGUCAAAGUGAUAUGCAAUAUUAGAACAAGCACCUUGUGUAAUUAAUGCAUAUUGUAUGUUUUUCCUCUUUGGAAAUCUCUGUCACUCUGUUCUGUGUUGUUUUGUUUUCAUAAAGCCUGCAUUAUGUUGAAA